ACAUCACUAACUUCACCUAUCGAUAUCAUCCUUGCGGUUACAAGAAAAGUAGAGAUCUCCUCCCCGAUCGCUGUUCGACUGGUCGUGCGGCUAUUAAGAGCUCAGAAUGCCGACUGUAUCUCAAGAAUAUUUACCAUUCGUGGUGCUCGCCUUCGUCUUAUUGUCCAUUCGUCUGGAUCGGAUUUCAAUUAGAAACUUCAUUUCGGUGACUAUCGGCGCCGUGACCGUAUGGAUUAUCUCGCCCCCUCACUCUCCAUGGGGAAAAACUAUCUCUUUUAUUAUUCUAGGCCUAGCUAUUGCUAUGUCCCCUCUUCGAUCAUUUCUCGUCCGGACUGUCAAGAAUAUGCUACUGAAUACCCCUCAAUAUGUACCUGAGGGCCCGCUACUCACUAUCCUAAAAGAUCCAUCUGAUGCCGAAGUUGAUAUCGUUGCGGUUCAUGGGCUAGGAUCAUCAGUUGAGACGACAUGGACACACAAAAUCUCGGGAAGUCUCUGGUUACGAGACUUCCUUCACUUAGAUUUCCCCAAAGCUCGAGUUAUGACUUUCCGCCACAACUCUAGCUGGGAGUCUCGAGCAUUAGUAAAAGACUUAGUUGACCAUGGAAGGCAGUUUCUCGGAGCCCUCGAAGGCCUAAGGGCAAUAGAUGAGUCAAGAGACCGGCCCUUGAUCUUAGUCGGCCACAGCUUUGGCGGGUUGUUAAUUGAACAAGCCCUUGUCCUGGCGAAAGGAGCAGCUGCCAAUGCUAACACCCGAGCAUGUCACGAGAGCUUGACGAAUAGCCUCGCCGGCGUUAUUUUCCUGGGUACACCCCACGCAGGUUCUGGUUAUUCCUUUUGGGGGAAGCUCUACUGCCUCUUCCAUUAUUGGGAAGGCGCAAAUCCCCUAUUACUCGGAUAUAUGGAUCCAGGGUCUCAGGAGACAACGAAACUGGAAGAUGAUUUCCUGAAGUAUUUCCGGGACCUCUCAUUUGACUUUCACGAACUUAGGUCUAAUGUUAUCUUUGGAAUUCAAUUCGAGAUGAUUGUCAAACGAGAAGCAGCUACCCGCCGCGGGCAAGAGGCGAGAGGGCUAGACACGGACCAUUUCGGUCUUAAUAAGUACUAUGACCGGGGAGAUGCGAGCUAUAUUGCGGUUAAGGACAAAAUGGUUGAGAUGUUACAGUCUUGGACUGAGGAUAUGGAAAGGAAAAGAAAUGACCUUGGUAGACACGAGCGAGUUAGAUUUGCUCAAAAACCUUGAACCGUACAAUUUCACCACCACCACAGAAAGCCAACGGAGGAAGCUCACUCCUGGCACCUGCGAGUGGAUCGCCGGCGAGGAAGAAUUUCAGAAUUGGAGUCCAGAGACCAACAUUCUCUGGAUAUUAGGCAAUCCCGGGUCAGGCAAGACUUAUAUUGCCCAGGUAAGUAGCAUAUAAUGAA